AUGAAGGAGCGGGAUCAUUGUACUGCUACAUUCUCUGCAUGCCUUCAAUUAGAAGGAUCAAACAAGUCAUCAUCCCCCAAAUCAUCAUCAUCAGGAGCAUCUCAGUCUUCUAUGCCGAAUUCUGGUGAAGCUAAUAGUUCAAUUCCGCUGCAUCCUCAACCGCUUAAUGUGGCCCCCAUCAGAUGGUAUUCAUCGACACCAGAUAUCAAUGCUGGUUCAGUCUCAGUUGAAGCUAUAACUUCGCCGUCCAAGCGUAGCAACUCUCAGCAGCAUGCUGGGGGUCAGCCUGCAGUGGUUUUUUUCUCUGCUUGUCCAGCCAGAGAGGAUCGGGAAAAUUUUAUAAAUCAUGCUAACGGCGGGGUUGCCCUUACUGGAUUGGCUUUGUUGGGAGAGGUUGGAUCAUUCAUGGGUUCAGUUGAUAUAGCUGAAUCUGAAGAUGCUUAUGUAUUCCGUGUUUCACUUCCCGUUGUUGCUAGGGAUAAAAAAGUCUUUCGCUGUGAUGUUGGACCAAAUGGGAGAAUUUUCAUAAGAGGGGUGAGCGUGACCGGAGAGAGG